AUGGCGCACGCAUGGCGGCACGUUGGCUUUAGGCGCCGCGCAGGCCAACGGCGCAGACGCGCAGGUGCGCGCACCCCUGCCACCCGCCAGCCUUCCGCUGGCACUGCGGGCAGGGGAAGCGCGGGGAGACGGGGGGCAGCAGGGGCGGGCGCAGGGGCUGGCGGCACUGGGCGGUCCACCACGGCGGCCGCUGCAGCGGCGGCGGCAGCAGCUGUGGCGGCAGCGACGGCAGUGGAUGGGGAAGCGGAGGCAGGGGCUGCGGGCAGUGGCACUGGCGCUACUGCUGCUGCUGGCCGUGCGGUGGCAACAGGGGGAGCAGCAGGCGAGGCAGGCGGAGGCGGGGGUGGAGGGGGAGGAAGGGGCGGGGAGGCGUUGGAAAGGGGGACGGGCGGAGGGGAAGGGGAGGCGAGCAGGCAGCUAUUCAAGAACAGGCCCUAUCUUUCCAUUCUUGUCAACCGCUCCCUUCCUUGUGUGUUCUCCCUUGCCCGCACCGAGCUCACCCCCCUGGGCGCGGCUUACUGCAGCGCACGCAGACGGAGGGCAGGGAGGGUGCACCCGUACGUGUACGGGCUGUCGUUCAUCGCUGACUGCUCCGUGCCAUGCAAUGUGACGGUGCAUGUCAUGGCGUAUGAGAAGGACAGGCACAGAAAAGACAAGCCGCCCAGGCUGAAGUCGAAGGUGACGCAGCGCGAGGCGAGUGCAGCGGGCGUGGUGGCGGGGCUGGAGCAGACCUUCUCGCUGCCGCCCUCCUGCCUGCUCGCCUUCGAUGGCUUCCAGGACGCACAGCUGACGUCAACCAAGACGUCACCGUCGCACACAUACCCGGUUGUCAUCCGCAUCCAGACAGCGCUGCCUGCAGGUCGGUCGCAUGACCCAGCAGCGCGGGCGCAGCAGCAGACGCACACCACCUAUGCCACGCUCGUCAAGCAGGCGGACAGCACGUACGGUGUGCAGGUGUUGAAGCAGGUGCUGUGGGUGGGCGGGUGCUCGUACGUGCUGCAUGAGAUCUUUGGCAUCGACGGCCCUGCCUCCUCGCCUGCCCCCCUGCAUGCCGCACCUGGGGACGCCGCCGAUCCCAAUGGGGGGGGAGCCAAUGUGGAGUGUGUGGUGUGUCUGGAGGACCCGCGAGACACGCUUGUGCUGCCAUGCCGCCACCUCUGCCUCUGCCUGCACUUUGGAGUGGAAAGGAUGAGAGCAGAUGGACAGGUGGAAAAGGGGAGCAGAGGAGGCGGAGAAGCAGGUGCAGACUACACGGUAGACGGUGCAGAAAAGAGGGUUUCCAGGAGCGGCAGUAGGGAAGGUGUGGAGGGAGGAGUAGACCGAAGAGAGAUGACAAUCGAAGAGGCGAGCCAAGGAGCGGGAGGAGAGGAGUUGCAUGGAAAGGAGGAAGAGAUGGUGCAAGUGGAAAGCGGGACUGGCAGUGGGGAGUUGCAUGCAGGGCAGCAAGAAGAGGUAGAAGUGGCCAACGAGGCCCGGGUUGAGGCCGGAUGCUAG